AUGCAAUUAGUUGCAAAAGUCUAUCUUUUCAGAAGUCCUUAUACGAUAUGCUUCAUUUCCGAAGAUAGCGUUACAUUGUCCAACGAAGGAAAGUAUAAAUCUAUAGGGGUAAAUGUUAUCAAAAAGAAAGUAAUUAGUGGCGAUGAAUUGAGUAAAAAUGUGAAUGUUCGAAGUUCAAAUAGAAAAAUCCUUAAAUUAAGUACAACAGCUCUAUUUCUACAACCUUUUUUAAGAGAGUGUUUGAAUUCAAAUAUAUAUAGAACAAAUGUGUUGUUGCAUUUGAAUAAAUUAAGUGAAGAAACAAAUAGUAGAACUGUAUUUUUGAAACUAAUUUUAGAACCACCGGACAGAGAAGUCAUUGAUUAUGUAUGGAAUGACAAGAUGCUACAUUUAAUAUGGAUGCGGGUAGAAAUAGAAAAUGCCUUUUCUUGGCUUUCUACAUUGGGAGGAGCUUAUUCAGCACUGGGGGACUAUUUCGAGCAUUGUGCUGAAGAAGCAGGGAGAAUAUCAAUCAGACAAUAUAAGUUAUCCAAAAUGUUGGGUGAUGAGGGCCUCGCUGCUAGGAGCAGGUUGUAUUCAGCUUUGGCUUAUGCUCAGAAAGGUCAACUUAAAUUAUCGAGGCAUAUCAUCAGAAAUGUUGCAGCAUUUGCAAGAGAUAUACAUGAUAAUCGUCUAAAUCGAAUGUGUCAGGGUGUAUGGGCUAAGAUAAAGUACUUAAAGCAAUUGAAAUGUUCAGCUUAUAGUGAGAAAUAG